GACACGACCCUGCAAUGCAACCGAGGAAAGAGACAAAACCAAACCUUCUCCUCUUUCUUUCUCUACUUAUCACUCACCACUACUCACCUACUCUUUUUGUUAUUUACUCACUGCUCACUGCUCUCAACCAUGGAAGCUCUCAAAUACUGGAAACCCACUCAAACACCUCCCAUACUUCCCUCCCCUGCUACACCAACACCAGAACACCACACCCACUACGUUGAAACCACCACUGAUGAUGACGAUCAAGAUCAAGAUGAAGAUGAAGAAGAAGAAGAAGAAGAAGGCUCUUUCUUUGACCUAGAGUUAACUCUACCCCAACAACAACGAGAUGAUGCUGACAAUGACUCAGAGUUUGGUUUCACGCUUUCCCCUUCACCCAAUGACCAAACCACCGACCCUAACCUCCUGCACUUGGAGCUUCAUUCCUCCGAACCUAACUCCAAGCCUCACUUCACCGCUUCAUUCUUCAAAUCCGCCACCAAAUUCCGUGUUUUCAUGUUAGGUCUCAACAAAUCCAACCCUAACGUUCUUAACCAUAAUUCCAACUCCUCUCACUCCAACGCUCAAAAUCUUAACCAAAAACAAGAAUCAGAUUCGCAGAAAAAGAAGAAGCUAUUCACUGUCAAAUUCAAGGUAGAUGAAGUUCCUAUUCUCUCCUUGUUCACCAGAGAUAACAUAUCCAAAGCAAAAACUCAUAAUCAAAAUAAUAAAGUCUCUGAAAAGGACAACAAAGAACACAACACUGAGGAAUCACAGUUAGAGUCACCUUCUUCUUCUUCUUCAUCUUCUUCUUCUGAUGACAAAUUAAGCUUCUCAAAGGAAGUAAUGCAAAAGUAUUUCAAAAAGGUUAAGCCUCUCUACGUAAGAGUUUCUCGAAAGUACGCCGAGAAAUUAAAGUUUUCUGCUCAGCUCAACUCGCCGGCGCCGGAGAAGGCUCAGGCGGACGUGGUUACUAGUGAAAAUGGGGGAAACAACAAUGUAAAAGGUCAGAAACAGGGGACUCUGCCUCUGCCUGCAGGGUUGCGAGUUGUGUGCAAGCAGUUGGGGAAAAGCCGUUCGGCGUCUUCGUCGGUGCCGUCGACGGAGGAAGCGACAGUUUCUUCAAGGCGGCGAGAUGAUUCGCUGGUGCAACAACAUGAUGGGAUUCAGAGUGCGAUUUUGCAUUGUAAGAGCUCCUUCAAUGCUUCUAAAGAAUGCGAGUCUUCUGAGUUACAAGUAUCUGAAUCUGUGAGUGAUCCAUUGCAUAUUGAAUCGUGAAGAAAACUUAAGAAGAGGAUGGAGGGGCCUUGAAGCAAAGAAACAGCGAAUGAGUGGAUGAAGUAUGUAUGUAGAAAGGAAAAUGUUAGUACUAGGUACUAGCUAGGUAGCUAGCUAGGACAAUUUAGUAAGCAGAAAAGAACAAGUAAAAAUGUUGGGUUGAAGGGGGCAGGGCAAGGCAAGGCAAGGCAGAGCAGGUGACAGUAACUGCUUUCUGAUGAAUGAGCCUACACAAUAGUUCCUGUAUAAUGUGGAUGUGGUUGGAAUAUAUCCCUUCUUUCAAGCAUUAAAACAAUCCCAAACAAUCGUGCAUUAUUCACAACUUAUAUGAAUACCGAUUAAAAGUUUUAAAUUUUAA